GCUAGUGUAUUGUAAGUCACAGACAGGUUCACACAUAUUUAUAGAUUUUGUGCCAGUGACAUUAGUGUUUUUUUUGCAUUUAACUUAAAUUUUUAACUGCGACUGAUCCACACACAAACUGGAUAACUAAUAAAUUAGAUGCAGUAUGAUUUCUUGGAAUGUCAUCGUUUUCCUCGUAUUCGCACUGGUCGAAAGCAGCUACCAAGUACAAGUCGGUGAUCGAUGCGUGGACAACUACACACAGACCAUCGGCAAGUGUACCCCAGCUGAAUCCUGCGACUCAGCCAGAAAAGCUUACCAUGAAAAUGGCGUCCGUCCGACCCUCUGCCUGUACAGCCCAUUUGGGACAACCCUCGUCUGUUGCAAGGAUGGCAUCCCCGCCUUCAAUGUUGUCAGUCAGUUCAAUAAUGUUCCCCGUCCCCAGGAAGACAGUCCCCGCCCCCAGGAUGACAGUCCUCGGCCCCAGUAUGACAGUCCCCGCCCCCAGGAUGACAGUCCCCGUCCCCAGGAUGUCAGUCCUAACCCCCCCGUGAUCACUCCCAGUGUCGAGAAUAGAUUUAGUACGAUUCCUACAGACACCAGAAGAGUAAGCGAGAAAAAAUGCGACGAGUACAGUAAAGCUGUCGUGGAGAAGGUGGAAUUCCUCCCUCUCCUGCCGAACCCUGAGAGAUUAUCUAUCACCAGCGCCAAGUGUGACUACAUCGGAGUCAAACUUAUAGUGGGGGGUGAAAAGGCUUCGCAGGGUGAAUUUCCACACAUGGCAGCUAUUGGCUGGACGAACUUCGAAGGUGGUUACGACUUCAAAUGCGGAGGUGCACUGAUCAGCAACAAGUUCGUGGUGACUGCGGGUCAUUGCAUCAGGGAUCCGUCAGCGAGGUAUCCUGAGCCUGCUGUGGUCAGGCUCGGCGAUCAGAAUAUAGAUGACUCUGUUGCUGAUGGCGCUGAUCCGAUUACUGUUCCGAUCAAACAAAUCACGAAGCAUCCGAACUACAAGCCGCCUGGCAAGUACAAUGACAUCGCUCUACUUCUGAUAACCGAAGUGACCUUCACCUCCAACAUCAGACCUGCCUGUCUGUGGAACAGGCCAGACUUCGCACCGCACAAGUCGGCUAUAGCUACGGGAUGGGGAGUGAUUGAUCCAGACACACGUCAGACGUCAAACGAGCUACAGAAGGUGUCGCUAACGUUAUUCGAGAACGACGACUGUGACAAUCUGCUGGCAAACAUCCGCAAUCGGCUUUGGAGGGGCUUUAUGCACACACAGAUGUGCGCGGGGGAACUCAGAGGGGGAAAGGAUACGUGUCAGGGCGACUCAGGAUCACCCCUCCAAGUGCCGUCAAAAGAAAACCAGUGCAUCUUUAACAUCGUGGGCUUGACGUCGUUUGGGGCCAAGUGUGCGAAGACGGGCCAACCGGCGGUCUACACUAGGGUGUACAGCUAUCUGGACUGGAUUGAGAGCGUGGUGUGGCCAGGGGAAUAAUUUUAGGGGAUUUUGUAAGAUGCGAGUUAGUCAGGUCUGUUUUAAAGGGGCUUAGUGUGAUUUUACAUCGAACGUAUUCAAUAUUGACUUUGUCUGGUCUGCGAGCACGUAGAAUUUUGUCCAAUGACGUAAUUAUAUUGCUGUCGCGACUGUACGAC